AUGGGCGUCGACGCAGGGUGGAAAGCGUUCGACGAUGCGGUCGUCCGCACGUCCAUCGGCGGCGAGUUCGCCAACGCGAAAGCGGGGGUAGACGCAAACAUCUGGAUACACCAGGGGUGGGCGAUGCGAAAAACUGGUUCUGUUCAGGAUAAACUGGAUUCGUCUGUAGAAACGGUCAUUUCGCGCGCUACGAAGCUCGUGAAUGCAGGUGUCUUCCCAGUCCUUGUUUUCGACGGUGCGAGGACUGCACACAAGAAGGAGACGCACGCGAAGCGAGCAGGUACGAUAGGUGAAAAAUUCGAACGAUGUUAUUUGCCUCGGAUACUGAAUGAAGUGCGGAAGCGUGGAUUCGUGUACGUCGUGGCGCCAAACGAAUCAGAUCACCAGUUGAAGUACAUGGAGUCGAGUGGUCUCGUUGAUUUCGUGUUGACGGAUGACACAGAUGCAGUGGUGCUCGGGUGCGCCAAGGUCGUCCACAAGGUGUCUUGGAGCGUUUCGACGUUAAAGUGCAACGUUUUUAACAGAAACAACCUGAGGAUGCCGGUAGACACGAACGAGGUGAACACAGUUGCGGAGCUCAUGUGCAUGCACGGCGACGCCGCCAUGCGCUUGUGGGCGGCGGCGAGCGGGUGUGAUUACAGGGAGGGGAAAGUUCCCGGACUUGGACCCCAAACGGCUCUGAAAGCCAUUGUAGCGUGCAUACAGAGUGCAGAGACUCUCAGUAUCCGCUCUUUUGUGAAAUACCUCGUCAAGAAGGACGUCGUCGACGCGAGUGAUGAGGACACGCAAAUUCUCAAACUUGAGGAAAGCCUGGCGGGCUUUGAGCGAGCAAUCGUGUACGAUAUGCGGACGAAAGAGAGACGCUGGCUCAAUGACGCAACCAUAUUCAACGCAAAUCACUCAGAAAACGAAGAAUUCGCUUUAGGUUUGCGCGAUGCGGAUACUCACGAACCCGUUGAAUUGGUUGCAGUGGCUGCCCUUUUUAGACAUGGUGAAACACGGGCGAGACGAAUCCCCAAGUAUCUCAUCAAAGGCGCCGUUUUACCGGAAAAGAGAGUCGAGGACAACUCCAAAUCGGAUUUAAUACGUUGGCUGAACGUGCGUAGGAACGAUCGCCGCCGCGGAUGUCAGGAUAUUCGGGACAAAGAUGUCAUCAUCUCAGAGGUCAUACAGAGGAUGGAGCUUGAGCGUCGGUACGAGGAGCUAGAUAUCGACGUCGACGGCGACGUCCAGGAUCCAGAAGGGAAAAGUCUUCAUACAUAUUUGGUUCAUCAUUUUCAUCUUCCGGUGACGCAAUUCCCUGAGCUAGAUCCCGAUCUGGACGCACCAAUGGAUGCUGAAGUGUGGAGCACUGACGUUGAGCUUUUCCGCGAGACGUCACCGCUUAUGGGUGAGGACAUCAUCACGACGUGGCUCGCGGGGAUGUCCGUUUACGGCGACCCGGUUCGAUCCAAAGCGUAUCGACAAGGAUACGCACGAAUACACGCCCGGACGCCCCUUCCGAUUCGUUUUGCGCACGUGGGGCAUCCGUGGAUGCAAACUCACUUCCGCGUGUGGUUCCGAGUUGGUAUUCCGGCAUCACUCAAAGCAGAGCGUUAUGCCGUCGCUGUAUGCUUGUUAUGCAAGUAUGGGUGCAUCGACGAAGAAACGAAUGAACAUGUCCAUGACCAUGUCGUCAGUGUCGAGCGUGGGACGUGCGCGUGCAAGGCGGGAGCGGGCGGAGACUUCGGAGGGUGCAUCCAUGUCAUCGCAGCGCUCUGGUAUUUUGCCAAGUUGCAACGACCAGCUGAUCCAUGCACGUCGCUCGAAAGUGAGUGGUUCGGCACGAGUGGCGAAGGGGAUCCGAUGAAUCGCAAAAAUCCUCUUAGCAACAUUGACUUUAAUCGAUUCGAAGCUGGGCGCGCAAAGCGACGAUGCACUGUGGACACUCGCGGUGACGGUGAUUUGGAGCUCCCUGAAGUUGCACCUGAUGUAAGCGCGAUGUGGUCGCGAAACAAGCCAUCAACACUUCUCAGGGAGUAUUUCGACGUAUAUGAAAAAGAGAACAAUCACAAAUGUACUUUACACAGGGUUACAGACGCGUGCGAGACGCGGAAUCUACCUUAG